UGUGGCUUCUUACCAAUGUGGGGCAGUUAAACCCUGACUGGAAGGAUUAAAUAGAAGCACAUGAUGAUUCAACCCGUGAUUUUCACUUGAAACAGACCUCAUUCCACGGACUAAAUUAAUGAAUUUUCCUUUCUUUUCUCCCCUGACACCGUAGCCUGCUUCUUUCCAUCGAGUCCGUGAUGGCAUCCCCAAGGCUGGAGACGUUCUGCUGCCCAAACCGAGACGCAUCGACCGAAUUUGUCAUUACUUUUCAGCCCCUCUUCUUUGGCGCCAUUUGCAUCGGUAGCGCAAGUUUAAGUUUGAUAUUUUCUAUUUUACAAAUUUUGCCCAAACGUAGGGGUUACAGGCGCCUUGGACAGUACCCUCUUCCCAAACCAGCGUCUUCGUCGAGAAUAUUGUUUAUCAUCAGCAUAUGUGAUAUACUGGGAUGUGCAGGUAUCAUAGUGAGGUCAUCCAUCUGGCUGGGCCUGCCCAACCUUGUCAGAGGGAUCAAUGUGGCCAACAACAGCGACAUGUGGCCAGAGGUGUUCUGUGUCGGCAGUGCAAUGUGGAUCCAGCUGUUCUUCAGUGCAUCUUUCUGGUGGACCUUCUGUUACGCUGUGGACGUCUUCCUGGUGGUCAGAAGAUCUGCAGGAAUCAGUACCAUCAUCCUCUAUCACAUGAUCACAUGGGGUCUGGCUGUGUUGCUGUGUGUGGAGGGUGUGGCUAUGCUCUACUACCCAUCCAUCUCCAGCUGUGAAAAUGGCCUGCAGCAUGCCAUUCCUCACUACAUUACUACCUACGCUCCUCUAAUGCUGGUGCUUAUAGUCAACCCUACACUGUUCGCCAGGACUGUGUCUGCAGUGACAGCAUUAUUGAAGGGACGACAAGGGAUCUACACAGAAAACGAGAGACGCCUGGGAACAGAGAUAAAAAUGCGCUUCUUCAAAAUCAUGCUGGUCUUCUUUAUUUGCUGGCUUCCCAACAUCAUCAAUGAGAGCCUGCUGUUUUACCUGGAGAUGCAGACGGACAUAAAACCCAGUGACCUGAAAAAUAUACGAAACACAGCCAUCAUCACUUGGUUUAUCAUGGGGAUCCUGAACCCCAUGUCAGGCUUCCUCAACACGUUGGCCUUCCAUGGCUGGACGGGCUUUGACGUGGACUGCAGCCUGCAGAGGAGAAGGGAGCUGGCCUGGGAUUCAGCCUCCACCUCGGCGGCUAACGUGGGGGGCUACAACCCCAUCGUGGGCUCCACCCUGCUCUACCAGAGCCACGUCCAGGAGGCCAAGAACAUGACUGGCAAGAACAUCAAGGGCAAUGGGCAGCCAGCCUCCGACGCCAUCAGCGUCCUAUCAGAAGGUUCAGAGUCUAGUACAAUUGAAAUCGACAUUUCCACUGAGCACCAAGACUAUGAGGAUAUAGACGCAGAUGGAGAAUCAUUGGGGAGUUCUGCAAGGCACUAGCUGGAGCCACAAGCUGCUGCAUCACCUGCUGCCAGCCUCCACUAUCCAUCUUGUUUUGUCUCUCCCCCACUGAGUUUUAGACCCUGUUCCCAUCCGCUGUUUGAAAACCCUCAACUCAGACACCUCUUUAGAUCCAACAGCAGUGUUAAAAAUGAUCUGUCUACCUGUACCAUUUCAGUUAUUUCGCUCUUAAGAACUGCCAUUUAAUUACUGCUGUAGCACAGUCAUAGGUUUGACGUUGUCACAGAACAACAUGACACAUUUGGCCACCAGUCUGCUCCUCAUGUCGUGAUGAUACAUAACAGGACCAGUUAAUUUGUCUCAGCACUGAACACACACAGCCCUCUUAAAUCGCCAUUUGCUAAAGACAGUGUGGUGUUACAUUAUUGAACUAUCACCUGUACAGUAAUGGAAUAGUCCCCAAGGCUACCUUAUAUUCCUGCUUUAGCAAACUGGCUCAAAUUAAGAUCUUACAUCUGUAUUACUGCCCUUUAAAUGUGCCUUACUUACUGCAGAAGCAUGUAUGCCUAUAUGACUUGUUCACAUAAUUAGCCCCCAAAAGCAUAAAAUAAUGGGAAUAUCUUUCCUGAGAUGCUAUUUARGGGAAAACAAUUUGUAGUUAAGGUUUUUAACAUUACAUUUUUUACAUUGCACUUUSAUUCUAUUUUAUACAKUAUUAAACAUMAAGCAAUUGUUGAGGUUUUGUGGUGUUAUCUUUAACCCAAAUUGAAGCAGGGUUUCAGUGCAUUGUCAUUUCAAAUUUGAUAAUGUAUCACAAGCUAAAUGAUAACAUUAAAUAUCUCCCACAGUGCUACACUAA